GUUGACUUUAUACAGCAAUCUCUUCGAGCACUGUACUGGAAACAUCUUGAAGGGAAAACAUCAAUCAAUGGAUAGCUUUGAGUGAAAACAAAUGCGAGAAACGAUAAACACAAAACAGCAUGAGCUUUGAGAAUAGUAAUCAAACCAAUGACUCCUUUUCUGAUGAAUAUGAAUAUUACGCGGAUAAUGGUUGUCCUCUGGGAAAGGAUGCAACGAAGCCUGAAUAUUUGGCCAAGGUUACCAUGUACGUCCUGAUGAUAGUGGUGUCCUUCAUUGGAAAUAUCUUGAUAAUAUCUGUUACUCGGCGCACUCGGAGCAUGCAGAAGGUAGCUUUCCUCUUUGUUGUAAACAUGGCCAUCGCCGAUCUUCUCACCACGUUGAUUAACAUGCCAGAAUCCCUGACAGUUGAGAUACGAGAUUCGGAUGAAUGGUUGAUUACAGGAGACGCGGGAAUCAUUCUGUGUAAAAUAUUGUCCUUCUGUCAAUUCGUCUGCGCGUUCUGUUCUAUUCUUAGCUUACUGGCGAUUGCAUUGGACAGGUUCCUCGCCAUAUGCUUGCCUCUUAAGAGAAUCAUGACGAGGAGACUCGCUAAGGUUAUCAUUAUAAGCACUUGGUUGAUUCCGUCCAUUUCAAGUGCCCCAGCGCUAGUACCAAACAUUGUCGUAGAAGAUCAUGGACAGCUUUUCUGUAUUGAAAAGUGGCCAGCUCCUUUCGACGAAGAAAAAGCAGCAGGGGAUUACACAAUAAUUCUGUUUGUGUUCUUCUACGCUCUGCCAUUAAUAAUAAUAUCAGCUUUAUACAGUUGCGUCAUCUACAAGAUCUGGCGAAGGAGGGCUCCAGGACACCGCUUGACCUCAACUGCUCGACUUUACGCCCGUAGCAGAAAAAAGGCAUUAAAAAUGUUCAUCGCAAUCGUUCUUUGUUUUGCACUUUGCUGGCUUCCGUAUCACGUCGUGUUCUUUUUAACGACCUUCGCUGCGAACUAUUACGAAUGUGGAAUACCUCUAAAUGUGUACUUUGUUCAUGUUUUUUUCUCCCAUGCCUCAAGCGCAUUGAACCCAUGCAUAUACAUUGUAUUUAACAACGACUAUCGAACUGGGGUAAAGCGUUUGCUAGUCUCUUGUGUUAAACGAUCAGAUAGGGUACAUUCUGAAUUAAACACUGGUAGUUAUAUAAACACCCACACAGGCGUCCAGGAAGAUCGCGAGAUGACCACGUUUCAAACUCGAAGUCCUCAAAGCGGCAUCAGUUACUUGCCACCGAGGACGAUGAAUGAAACUAGUAAUCAUAUUGAUCCUGAUCGCACAGCUCCUUUCUUUAGGUUCAACCUCGGUUUCAAAUAUUUAUCAUGAAAGUAGUAUACGCUCGAUUCCAAAACGUUGACGACGGAAAAGCGUCAACAAUAAAACUUUAAAACCUAACGACUGGAAAUGACACCAGAGGAACAGAGAAAAAUAACACUAUAUUUAUUAUAGAAACACCAAUGAGACACUAGCACAAGGUGCGCUUUCGCGCCAAAACGUGAUAUCUUCGCACUUGAAAAUAAAAUUUUAUCUUCACACGUGAAAAUAACACUGUUACUAUGGUUACAUGAUAAAUUGCGCAUUUCGCAGCAGAAGAGAAAGGGUUUGGUUUUUCAUUGGUGCUUAUAUAAUUAAUUGAGGAUAUUACAUGGCCACAUGGAGAUACGAAAUUUAUCUUCUCUUGUUGAAAAAUUCGUAUCUACGCGCGGGCUUGUAACAUUUUUUUAUCAUAUUCUACAUAACGUAACUUACCCUGUAAGAUAUAUUACUCUUGAAAUUUAAGGUUAAGUGUUCUGCAAACGUGGUUGAAGAAUGAAAUCAACUUUUUGAA